GGAGUUAUCGGCAUGGCUGCAAAGGGUGAGUUGGCAGCGAUGGAAAAGAAAGAAAAUACGGAAAAUGAAGAGCCCAAGAAAGAGCAGUUUACUCUGGAAAUAUUGGUCGUAGUGAGAGAUGCACAGCAGCAGCAUGGACUCAGACACGGAGAUUACCAUAGAUACAGGAGUUACUGCACCAGCAUAUCACGCAGCCAUGCAAGCAACGCUGAGCUUUGAACUUCAAAAAUGGGAAGAAGCGAUGGAACUAUUCCAGAAAGCCAGGACUAUCUAUGAGAAGCUAGGAUCCAUGUUGACUGAGGAUCUGAGGCAGCUGUACCAGCAGAGAGUAGAAGAGCUGCUACCUAACAUCCGUUACUGCGCCUACAACAUAGGAGACGAGUCGGCUCUCAGUGACCUCAUGCAGAUGAGAUUAGCGUCAGGGAAGGCUGGCGGGGAGGAUCUACUGUCAUCUACCAUAGACAGCAGCAGCAGAGUAUCAGUGAGCUAGAUGAACUCACUCAGCUAGUAGAGAGCAAGCGCUACUCAGUGCAGGCGAACAGCAUACUGGACAGCGUAGACACGACCACCGACACCCUGAGCCGACUCUCAGUCAAGGAGCAGACGCUGCCGCUGGCUAAUCGCUUGGAGAGAUACUACGAAGAUCCGGCGUUAACGAAGCAGAAAGCGAACCUCGUCUCAUUCCCACCCGACUUUCAAGCCAUCCCCGCCAAGCCUCUGUUCUUCGACCUGGCUCUCAAUCAGGUGGAGUUCCCGUCGCUGGAGGACAGGAUAGAGCAGAAGAAGGCAGCCGGAGGUCUCUCAGGGAUGGUGAAGGGAUGGCUGUGGGGAGGCAAGAGGUAGUCAACGAGGGAGAAAGGGAGCGAGGAAGAGAGGGCUAG